UUUUUUUUUUUUUUUUUCCGAGAGUUCUUACCGCAGGUUAGGAAGGAUAUAAGAAUUACUUGAGAGCUUUGUGCGUUUCUUUUAAUACGUAAACAUUUUCUGGAUGAUUUAAUAUUUAUAUUUAGACAACUAGUUCAAAGUUGAAGGCUUUGAAAAAAAUCCCAAAAAUUAGGACAUCGUCGAGCUCUGGAUGAUGAAUGCAGUAAGAAAAAAUUAUUAAAUUUACGUUUAUCGUCUGAAGUUGCAGUUAAUGAGGUGUUUGUCCUUUGCGAGUCGUCGUUACUCAUCCAUUUUCGGUCUGUUUGGCAUUUUGCACGCAGAGUGACUAGCAAUUGUUAACUAAUAUUUUGUAAAGAAAAAGCAAAACAAAAUAUAAAAAGGAAAUGAUUGAUCCCAGUUCCAGUGAAGAAGAGGGUGAUGAUGAUUCGGUACCAACACCGCAAUCAGCCCAAAAGGGCCGUACAAGUGGCGGUGCAGCUGCAGCAAAACCCGCAGCUGUUAUAACAAGCACAGAUUCAGCUAAAUCUUCUACGGCCCGUCAUAAUGGGGAUAUUAGUCAUAAGACACCGACCGCGAGCGUUGCGCCGAACGGUAGCGGCCCAGCCGAUAGUGGUUUAGGUGCAACCAGCGGUAAGAAUGAGUUAACUGCUAACGAUACUACAGCUGGUAGCAGUAUUUCUCAAGAGACUCUUAAUCAAAGUGCUGGCUCGUCGUCGCGUGGCAAUUCUUUACCGCGUCCUAUAUCGCCGUCGCCUUCUGUGGCCAGCGAUAAAUAUGAUGGAUCGGGUACACAAGGAAAACAGGGCCUUGAGGAGGAAGAGCGUAAAAAACGUAUUCAAUUGUACGUUUUCGUAUCACGUUGCGUAUCGUAUCCGUUUAACGCAAAGCAACCAACCGACAUGACGAAGCGUCAACCGAAAGUCACGAAACAACAGCUCGAUUCGAUUACACAACGCUUUCAAGCCUUUCUUAAAGGCGAAACGCAAAUUAUGGCCGAUGAGGCUUUUCGUAACGCCGUGCAAAGCUAUCAUGAUGUAUUCCUAAAAUCUGAACGCAUCCUUAAAAUGGUACAGUCCGGCUCAUGUUCCCAACAAGAUUUUGUUGAGGUCUUUCGCAAGAAUAUUGAAAAACGCGUGCGUUCCUUGCCCGAAAUUGACGGCCUUAGUAAGGAAACUGUAUUAACUUCGUGGAUGGCAAAAUUUGAUGUGAUCCUCAAAGGUUCUGGUGAAGAAGAUAUAAAAAAACCCGCCCGUCUUCAACAAUCAUUAAAUAGUGAAUUAAUUCUUUCCAAAGAGCAGUUAUACGAUAUGUUUCAACAAAUUCUUAGUGUCAAGAAAUUUGAACAUCAAAUUUUAUUUAAUGCAUUAAUGCUGGACUCGGCCGAUGAACAAGCCGCCGCCAUUAGACGCGAAUUAGAUGGUCGCAUGCAACGUGUUGGUGACAUGGAAAAAGAUCGCAAAUUGAUGCCAAAAUUCGUUUUAAAAGAGAUGGAAUCUCUAUAUGUGGAAGAGCUUAAAUCUUCCAUAAAUCUUCUUAUGGCCAAUUUGGAAUCAUUACCCGUCACCAAGGGUAGCAUGGAUAGUAAAUAUGGUUUACAAAAAUUGAAACGUUACAAUCACAGUACGCCUUCAUUUCUUAAAAUGAUUUUACGUUCUCACGGGUCCUUAUCUAAGCUGGAGGGUGAUGCUGAAGAAGGCAUUACGCAACUCUCCAAAUUAGAUGUAGUAUUAACCUUCCAAUUGGAAGUAAUUGUUAUGGAAGUCAAAGGCCUUAAGUCGCUAGCUCAAAAUCGUAUUGUGUAUUGCACCAUGGAAGUGGAGGGUGGUGAAAAACUGCAGACGGAUCAAGCCGAAGCCUCUAAGCCCAUGUGGGAUACACAAGGUGAUUUUACAACGACUCAUCCCUUACCUAUAGUUAAAGUUAAAUUGUACACCGAAAAUCCAGGCAUGCUGGCCUUGGAAGACAAAGAGCUUGGUAAAGUUAUUAUUAAACCCACCCCACUAUCAUCGAAAUCACCGGAAUGGCAUCGUAUGGUGGUGCCCAAAAAUCUACCUGAUCAAGAUUUGCGUAUAAAGAUUGCUUGUCGUCUCGAAAAGCCUCCCAAUAUGAAGCAUUGCGGUUAUUUAUACGCGAUUGGUAAAUCGGUGUGGAAGAAGUGGAAGAAACGUUAUUUUGUUCUAGUGCAAGUAUCGCAGUAUACAUUUGCCAUGUGCAGUUAUAAGGAGAAAAAAUCGGAACCAUCACAAAUGAUGCAAUUAGAUGGCUUUACGGUCGAUUACAUAGAAGCCGCAAGUGCCAGCCUUGUAUUUGGUAUUGAUCUUAAUGGUGGUCGUUUCUUUUUUAAUGCGGUACGGGAGGGAGAAUGUAUAGCAUUUGCUUGUGAUGAUGAAAAUGAGUGCAGCUUAUGGGUUAUGGCCAUGUAUCGGGCCACUGGCCAAUCGCACAAACCUAUACCGCCCGUAACUCAGGAUAAAAAUUCAGCCAUAUCGAAAAUUCAAGGAGACGCCGACAAAGCGCGUAAGCAUGGCAUGGAAGAUUAUAUUAGUGCAGAUCCAUGCAAAUUUGAUCAUGCCACCCUUUUUAAAUUAUUACAAAAUUUGACUCUAGAAUACCGGCUUAAUGAUCAGUAUGCUUCCUUAGGUUGGUUUAGUCCUGGUCAGGUUUUUGUGCUCGAUGAAUAUUGUGCACGUUACGGAGUGCGUGGUUGCUAUCGUCAUUUAUGUUAUCUCUCCGAUCUAUUAGAUCGUGCCGAGAAAGAGUUUAUGAUAGAUCCAACUCUUAUCCACUAUUCCUUUGCGUUUUGUGCUAGCCACGUUCACGGCAAUAGACCAGAUGGCGUGGGCAGCAUAACACACGAGGAAAAGGAAAAAUUUUCAGAGAUCAAAGAACGUUUACGUGUGUUGCUCGAGUAUCAGAUCACAAAUUUCCGCUUUUGUUUCCCGUUUGGUCGGCCAGAUGGUGCUCUUAAAGCUACCCUCUCAUUACUGGAAAGGGUGCUUAUGAAAGAUAUUGUAACUCCAGUGCCUCCCGAAGAAGUGAGACAAAUGAUUAAAAAAAGUUUAGAGUCCGCCGCUUUGGUGAACUACACACGUCUUUCCUCUGAAGCGAAAAUAGAAGAAGAUUUACGGGGGGAAAUUGUAGUGCCUGCUGCCAAAAAACUGGAGGAUCUCAUUCAUCUGUCCGAACUAUGCGUGGAUAUUCAACAACAAAAUGAAGAACAUUAUGCCGAAGCGUUUGCGUGGUUUAGUGAUCUUCUGGUCGAGCAUGCCGAAAUAUUUUGGUCUCUUUUCGCGGUCGACAUGGACCGUGUAUUGGCGGAACAGCCACCCGAUACCUGGGAUUCUUUUCCUCUAUUUCAAAUACUCAACGAUUAUUUACGAGCCGAUGACAAUUUGCGGAAUGGCCGCUUCCAUCAGCAUCUGCGCGACACAUUUGCGCCGCUUGUGGUUCGCUAUGUGGAUCUGAUGGAAUCGUCCAUAGCCCAAUCGAUACAUAAGGGUUUUGAAAAGGAACGCUGGGAAAGUAAAGGCAAUGGCUGUGCAACUUCCGAAGAUUUAUUUUGGAAGCUCGAUGCUUUACAAUCAUUUAUACGGGAUCUACAUUGGCCUGAUGCCGAAUUUCGUCAGCAUCUAGAACAACGAUUGAAAAUGAUGGCAGCUGAAAUGAUUGAACAGUGUAUACAACGUACCGAUGCUUCGUUUCAAUCGUGGCUAAAAAAGAAUAUUGCCUUCAUUUCCUCGACCGAUUACAUUGUACCGUCAGAAAUGUGCGCCAUGGUAAAUGUGAUACUAAAUGCUAAAAAUCAAAGCUUUAAAUUGACGACCAUAGAUGGAAUUGACUUGUACAAAUUUCAUGCUAAAAUUGAUGAUCAGCUCGAUAAAGCGAAUGUAGCCAUGACACAAGGACUUAUCGGUAAACUUAUGUCUGUGCUAGAGUCGACUUUGUCGAAAUUGGCUCGCUACGAUGAAGGUAGCCUGAUUGGUUCUAUACUUAGCUUUACAAAUGUCUCCAGCUCUGGCAAAGAUCUCGGCCAGAGCUAUGUUAUAUUUUUUCGCAACAAUAUGGAGCAGAUACGCGGUAAAAUUGGCGAUGACUUAUGGACAUUGAAUUUCUUUGAACAGUGGUACGCGCAGCAAAUUAAUAUGCUUUGUAAUUGGCUUUCAGAGCGUCUGGAUCAUGCGCUCCACUAUGCUCAGGUGCAAGCAUUGUCGCACAUCAUUAAGAAAAUUUAUUCGGACUUUGAGUUACAGGGUAUGCUUGAAGAGAAACUCAAUUCCAAAGCAUAUCAAACUGUUGCCCAGCGAAUGGCAACCGAAGAGGCUACCUGCGCCCUCACCAUGCCCGAUGUUGCUGAAACCGAUGAGACUGGUGAAGAUGGCAGAGGUGCCGACGGUUCCGAAAUUGAUGGCGAAGAAGGUGUUGGGCCACGUGUCAGUAUACCCAAACCGAAGGAUGUCACCGCUCAGGCUGCGGCUGUUACAAAUGUGGUAGCGGGUCGGGUGGGUAACCUUCUAGGCAAGGGUAUAGGUGGCCUUAGCUCAAAACUUGGCACCGGUGGUUGGUUUUAAACAAAUAUGUAUUUUUGCAUGUGCAUACCUACACAUGCAAUUCAUAUACAUACACACAUACAUACACACCUCAAUGGAGACACAAAUUUAUGGAACAAUAUAACGAAUAUUUAUAGGUAUCAGAUAAACUCUUAUACAUAUAUAAAUAUAUAAUAUUAAAUAUAUAAUAUAAAUAUAUACAUAUAAGUAUAUAAAUAUACA